AUGGACAACCUGCUGAAGGCACUGAGCCCGUCUCAGAAGCGCGUUUUGGUGGUUGUCCUCCUGGGCGGAGGCUGCUCGGCGGUGUCAUCCCUUCGCCACGAGGUCGCCAAGGCCCAGGCAGAGCAGAAAUACCUCUCAGCGGACCUCGAAAAAUCGACCGGUCGAAAGAAGUCAAAGAUCGGCGUGGACAGAGUCUUCGCGCGGAGGCUGCUGCGCAUCUUGUCAAUAUGCAUCCCAUCCCCAUUUUCGAAGGAGGCGCUCUUAGUUGCUUUUCAAGGCGCUCUGUUGUUCUCAAGAACGAUACUGACACUGCGGAUAUCGCGGAGUGAGGGAAGGGCUGGCAGGAACCUGGUGACAUUGCAAUUGGACAAAUUUUGGAGGGAAGUACUGAGGUUCGGCGCCCUUGGAGUGCCUGCGGCAGUAGUCAAUGCUGGCCUGAAGUACAUGCAGAAGUACAUCCAGUUGGCCUUCCAAGAGCAGAUGACUAAACACCUGCACCUGCACUACUGCAGCAACCGGGCUUAUUAUGCUGCAUCCACACUGGGAGGGCUCACUCUCGCUGACCAGCGGAUCACAGAGGAUGUCGAGAAGUUUGCUUCUGCCAUUAGCGAGCUCUACAGCUACACAGUGAAGCCUCUGCUGGAUGUGGUGCUCUUCACGCAAGCAUUGGCACCAGUCAUGGGUUACCAGACCCAACUGGGGCUAUACCUCUACUACGUUUGCACGGCUUUGAUUCUCAGAACCACAAGCCCGCCCCUGUCAAUGAUGGUCUCCCAGGAGUCAGGCUUGGCAGGCUCUUUCAGAAGUGCACAUCAGAGACUGGUGGCCAACGCUGAGGAAGUGGCUUACAACGACCCACCUGGAGGUGCUACAGAACAGCUCGUCCUGAACCAGCAUUUGCACAGGCUGUUGCGCUACACUGAACUGUCCGCAUUUCAAAGGUUCCUUCAAAAGAUGACCGAGGGCUAUUUGGUGAAGUAUUUUGCAUCCUGCAUCACGCUGCUGGUGUACGCUGUGCCCAUUUACUACCAGGAACCGGAGAUGCGUCAGUCUCAGGACCAGCUGACGCAAGACUACAUCAGGGCCAUGCGCCUCCUGCAGAAUACCUCCAGGGGCAUUGGUGACCUGAUCAUGGUGUACAAGCGGGUGACAACCCUUGCAGGCCACACUUCCAGGGUAUCUGAGCUUCUUGAACAGGUGGAGCAACUGAGUUCUGCCGAUGCAGAGCACAAGGACCUCUUUCUGAAGAAUGUGUCUGCGACCGGGGAGGGCGCUGGGCCAGACAACCUUGCAGCAGUUCUUGGAAAAGCUGGUGAUUUAGAUGUGGUGCCACCAAGGCGUUUUGUAGGCGAUUCUAUAAAAUUCCAUAGGCUGGCUCUGAAUGCACCAGAUGGCACGCCACUUAUUCGGGAGCUGUCAUUUGAGGUGAAGCCUGGUCAGUCUGUUAUCCUUAUGGGCCCCAAUGGCAGUGGCAAGUCGUCUUUGAUGAGAGUACUGGCUGGGCUGUGGCCCCUCAUGGCUGGCGAGAUCACCACCCCUCCUAAGUCCGACAUGUUCUACCUAUCUCAGAGAGCCUACCUUGUGACCGGAUCUCUGCGAGACCAGCUGCUGUAUCCGGACCCCCCCAAGCUGGUGUGGGGAACAGCUGGGAGGGAAGACAGACGUCAUUUUGUCAACGUCAGAGGCCGUGCCCCCAACGAGGUGGACGACUCCAGACUGUUAGAAUGCCUAGAGCUCGUGGAGCUUGGCUAUUUGGUGACAAGGGGCAAGGGAUGGGACCAAAUUCAAAAGUGGGAGGAGACUUUGAGCGGUGGCGAGAAGCAGCGGAUCGCCAUGGCCAGGCUCCUCUUUCACCGCCCUAAGUAUGCCAUAUUGGAUGAAGCCACAAGUGCGGUGAGUGCGGAUGGGGAACAGAAGUUGUACGAUGCUUGUCUCAACGCCAACAUCACGCUUCUCUCGAUAGCCCAUCGCCACUCGCUGAAGCGCUUCCAUACUUUAGUGAUCAACUUUGACGGCAGCCAGACGGGCAAGGGGUGGAGCGUGGAGAGCUAG